AGAUCACUGAUAUGAGAUAGUUAUCUGUAAUCUGUGUGUGAAAUUCACACUUGCAUAAACUGGCUUAUAUUAAUUUGUUAAUUUUUGUUGACUGUUUACUCAUGAUUUAAUGAAAGUGAUCCAGCAUCCUGAAUAUAUCUUGGUUUUGUUUAUAUGCAUCUUCAUUUCAUGAAAACAAAGUUAGCAUGAAUUCACAUUCAGCUGAAGAUCCAGACAUAUGGAAUCAACUAGAGCUGUCCAAUCAUCUCUCUUAUGAAGAGAUUUCAACAUACACCAUACCAAUAACGUUUUGUGCUCUUCCAGCGUAUAUCGAUAAAAUAUGGAUGACGGUAAAAAACGACGCACUGGAGUACUCAGAUUCUACAUGUAAAAUUGUCUUGAAAAAGGUUAUGUUAAUUUUAGCAGAGGCAAAAGUUUGCUUUGCUCAAAAAACUGUUCCUUCAGAAAGACAUUUAAAUGAGCUUCGGCAAAAAUAUCUAUACUCGAACGAAGAAUUUAUCCAGUUGAAUUCUCUUCUAGUUGAAGACUUACCUUACCCUCUUGCCGCUUAUCUAGAGUGCAUUGGCGUUGCCAAAGAAGGAAAUAAAACCUUGAUUCCAGUGUUAGCUGAGUCUCAAGAUAUGUAUCAAUCGAGAUUAAUUUCUUACGGUCCACGUUAUAUGUUUUCUUCGUGGCAAGAAAUCUAUAAAGAAUCGACAAAUAUUCUCAAAUGUUUUCCACGCAUUAAUUACGAUACAAACAAAAAGUUGAAAAAGUCCUUCCAUUCGUUUUGGUUUGUUGAUGAUAAAAUUUUUCUGUCUGAUAGAGAUAAGAAGAUAUUUCGAAGUAUUGUAUCAAAUUUUACUGGUUUGAAAACUCAAAUGAACCUUCUUAAUGGACGUGGAAACCUUGCUCAGAUUAUACAAACUCCAAAAUGGACCAUCAAUACCCCAAUUGUAUUUUAUUCAAUGAUUAAAUGUUCUGACUUUUAUAUGAAGUUGGGGGCAGCCUUUGGUUUCACUUACACACAUAGCCACGAAGUCCAACUGUCACGAUACCAUUGUAAUGAUCAAACUGCCUACAUGAUUGCUAAAGUUAAACCAUCAAAUGUUAUAGAUUGUAUUUUGAAUCACACAUUUUUAUUUUGAUAAUAGUUGACAAACUGUAUGUCGAAAUUUUUUUGUAAUUUGUUUAAAAUGCAAGAUCAUGUGAAUAAUUAAAGGCAUAUUUCCAAA